UGAAAAUUGUGAAAUUAAAGCUGACAACAUAGCUAAAGUCUAUUAAAUAAUAAAAUUAAAGUAGUUUUUGGAGACAAGUUAUGUGAUUUUCCUAAAUUUUCUUUUUCAAACGUAAAAUUCAGAGAACCAAGUCAUGAGUAAUCUACCAGAGGAUAUACUAUUGAUUAUCUUUGAUCAUUUGGAUGAUGAGUCAAUGUGGAAUGCGCUUCAGGCUUCAAAGUUUUGGGCCAGAAUAUUCUCAAACUCAUCAAAGCACUUCUCAAAGUUCACCUUGCAUUUAAACUCAGAAAAAGUUGACAGAUUAUCAAACAUCAAGAACCUCCCAGAUGUCCCAAUUAUUAAAAUAUCAAUCGAUGAUUCUCAAGACAUGAAGGUCCAAUUUAGGUCCGAGGAUAUAAAUAAAAUGUCAAAAAUCAUCGAUUUUUACAAAGAAUCAAUUAAGAUUGUUGAGCUGAAGAACUUUGAAUUAAGUUCGACUGAUUAUUUGUUGAAAAUUAUUAAAAAUUUGAAGCGUCUUGAGUCAAUUUCGUUCCAGAAUUGCAAAAUGAAUGAUGUCAAGAAGCAGCUGCCUAAGUUCAUGCAUCUUAAGUCAAUUUACUUUCAUGAAUCCGACGACGAACUUUUUAAAAUUUUCCACGCGCAGAAAAACGUCGAAAAUAUCUCAAUUGUUCGCAUGGAAUGGGGCAAUGACUUCUCGUGGGCUGACUUUGAUGAAAUGGCAAAAAAUUACUUAAACUUAAAUAAAUUGGUCAUGAGAGGACACGGAACUGCAAAUUAUUUUGAACAUGGUGGAUUUCCGUUCAAAAUUCGCAAACUUGAUGUGUUUUUGAUGACAUUUGACUGGACGAAUCACUUACCGAGAACUCGUUUUCUUGAGUCACAGAAGGGAAGCUUGAAGGAACUGAUACUUGAAAAGCUGCCAUAUGACUAUGAUGGUGGUGCUGUACUUAAAUAUAUCAUUGAGGAGAUGAAGCUUGACACAUUUUAUUAUGGAAAAAUUCCAUUAAUUCUUGGUGGAAGGAAGCAGGAAGUUAUGGAAUUUAGGGUUCAAGAAGUUCAGAUUCAGGCUGCAUUUGAGAUGUUUAGGCAGUUCCCAACAAUCACAAAAUUCAGCCUGUUUCUGACCCAAACUGGACUAGAUGCAGAUGCAAUUGGAGAAAUCAUCAAUCAAGGCACUAUGUUAUUCACAUGCUGCAAAGAACUUGAGAUCGAGGACCGCAGCAACUACGAAACGCUCUUAGUAAUGUUCACUGGACUCUACAAGAAUUUUAGAAAUAUUCGAAAAUUGACAAUCAUUUCUCCAGAUUUGGAGAUCAAUUCAGUACUCGAGGAGUGUUUGCCUGAAUUUACGCAUUUAAAUGAAAUUUGUUUAAAAUGUGACGUUCCUAAUUCUAUGCAGAGACUUCAACUUAUCAGAGUUUUUGCACCAAAUAUCAAGAAAUUAAGCAUUAAUGAAGAAUUUGUGAAUGAUGCGAGGGAGUUUUUUGGAAAUGAUGUUGAAGUUGUUGAAAUAUAAAGCAAGCUGCUGCUUAU